AUGAAGAGGUCCACAAUUAUCUGUAUCUCUGGAAUGGGUAGAAAUUUGCAGUACUUGUGCAAUGUUUGGGUUUCUAUUGAUCAGAUAUUGCUCAGAAAAAAUAGUUUCAUUGCAUUUUUCAUUCUAGAAGUACCACCACUUCAGAUUGCAGAUUGUGCAAAGGCACAGCGAGAAACACAACAACACCGACAUUUUGUAAUUGUUGGUUCGUCUGCCACUUUCCAACUCAUCGCUCGCGACUCCACCGAUCCUUCUUUCUCCCAAUCCGAUCGCGUCUUCGUCCGUGUGGACAACAACCCCGUUUCCUUCCCUCUCGCUGAAGAUUCCGGUUUCGAAGACAAAUACGAUGACUACAAUUGUGGAGUUAGCGGUGGCCCUUUGCCCGAGGAAGUCAAAAAGGAGAUUUUGGAACUAGGAUUUCCGAAUGAUGGCUAUAACUACUUGAGUCACUUGAGGGAAAUCAAGAACACUGGCGUUAGUGCUGCUUUCUUUCACAAUCCCAAGUUCAAGCUUCAGCACCUCCCUCGUGAUGUUAAGGCAUAUGAUGCUUCGAGAUUGCAAAUUUCUGAGGUCCAUGGAGAGCCUGAGGAGAAUUCAUUGUACACUGUUGCAUCCAAGACUACCAGCGUAAGGGUGCAGAAAGCGGUUGAUCCUGAAGUGGCUGCAUUGCUUGAUGACAGCGAUGUGUCAAGGUUGGGAUCUGAUGUUGAGGAUUUAGAAGAAGACUUUGUUGUUCAGGCAAAUCUUCUUAAAGAUGAAGAUGAUGAAGAGAAGAAUAAAGAAUGUAAUUUAAAUAUACGUUAG